ACAGAUGGUUUCUUUUAAUUCACGACUUUAAUGGUCACCAUUAGAUAAAAUGCACGUAAAGGAUAAUGACGUCUGAUGGUAUGUGGCAAUUCUCUCCAUGACACACCAACGCGCAGCUUUAUUGUUCGUAAUCAAUUGCUCGUCAUCGUAGUUAACAUUAACCUUGUUAUGAUUGCCGACCAUUCUGAAUGAAAAAUACAACGACACAUCUAAAUACUUAUCUCCACUACAUGCGGGCACGUGUUUGAAAAGUUAUCACAGAUGCUCACAAAAAUGAAUACAAAAAGAUUAUUUGCCGCCACCCUCAAAAAUAAUCCAAUGAAGCUGCUAAUGAGCACACAGACUGAAUUCGUGGAGGCUUUGAGCGACAAAAAACUUCAACAUUACAGAAAUUUGAACGCUUUGGAAAACAACGACACGAAACCCUUUGAUUGGGAGCAGGCGAAAGCUUUCGAGGAAAUUCCAGGACCUAAACCUCUGCCUCUUGUGGGAAACACAUGGAGAUUUCUUCUCCCGAAAGUUGGAAAUUUUUAUGGCAUGGAUAUCUUGCAAAUACAUAAACAAAUGAGACAACAGUACGGAGAUAUAACCAUUAUGAAAGGACUAGUGGGUCUUCAGCCAAUAGUCGUAUUAUUUAAUCCAUCAGACAUAGAAAAGUUACAUCGAAACGAAGGCGUUUGGCCAACAAGACACGGACUUCCAUCCUUUGCACACUACAGGAAAUUAAGAAAAAAUAUCCUGUCAAGUGGUGGAUUAAUAUGUCUCCAAGGUGAAGAGUGGUUCAAAUUUAGAACCGUAGUAAACCCAAUUCUAAUGCAACCAAAAAACGUCAUUCACUAUGCGGACAAAAUGAACUUCGUCGCUGACGAGCUAGUCGACAACAUUAAGUAUUUGUCUGAAGAGAAUGAGCAAGGACAGAUGCCUGAUGACUUCCACAAUGAACUGUACAAAUGGUCUUUGGAAUCAAUUGGUGUCGUCACUAUGGACACACACUUGGGUUGUUUGAAGCGAGGCAGUGUGAACGAAGAAGCCCAAAAGCUAAUCUACAGUGUGUUAAGGAUGUUUCAACUCAUGUACAAACUAGACGUUAUGCCUUCUGUGUGGAAGUACAUAAGCACUCCAUCUUGGAAGGAGUACGUUCAAGUUUUAGACUUCAUGUUAAAAACGAAUCUGAAGCAUAUUAACAGAUACAUCGAGAAAAUCGAAAAGGGGGAAAUUGAUAACAACCAAAUAACUAGUGCGCUUCACCAAAUGAUACAGAUAGAUCGAAAUACGGCAACUGCAAUGUCUGUCGAUAUGAUGAUUGCGGGAGUUGAUACAACUGGUAGAGUUCUAGCAGCAGCUUUGUACUACUUGGCUAAAAACCCCGAUAAACAAGAACUACUGAGAUCUGAAGCUAACAAUCUACUAAAAGUUAAAGAUGCACCUGUUACUAAAGAAACUUUAAGUAAGAAUGUCUACACCAAAGCUGUUGUAAAAGAAACCACCAGGUUAUCACCUAUUGCUAUUGGAAAUCUAAGAACAACCAAAAAAGAUUUAGUCUUGGGUGGAUAUCAAGUACCUUCCGGGACAGACGUUUUAACUUCUACUUUGAUGCUUUCUCAACAAGAGGAGCAUUUCCCAAAGGCUAAAGAAUUCUUGCCAGAACGUUGGCUUAAAACAACAACUGGAGAAUUCUCGCAUAAAAAUACGAACCCUUUCGUUUUUGCACCCUUUGGGUUUGGUGCAAGAAGCUGCAUUGGCAAGAGAUUUGCUAAUUUGGAGUUAGAAACUGCGCUAUUGAAGAUUAUUCGAAAUUUUGAACUACAAUGGCCGCACGAAGAUAUGGUGUUUUAUACAACAACGCUACAUGGGAUGGCAAAACCUUUAAAGAUUCACGUAAAACCCGUAAAUAAUUAGUUAAAUUUUAAUUGUAAAUUAUGAUUCUUUGUGAUAUAUUUUAGUCUAAUAAAUAAAGAGCGGAUUUAUAUAGAUGAAA